AUGUCAGCCGUGAGAGAGCUGUCUGGAGGCACAAAUAUUCUUUACGAGGUGUUGUGGCUUAUGGAGGAGGGAAGAGGAGGAAAAGUGGCUGCCACCACAGACAAGCCACUACCUCAGAGUGCCCCGGGAGGCAUCAUCGGGAUCGUGGGAGGCAUCAUCGCCGCCGUCUUCAUCAUCGGCGUGGCCGUCACCGUCAUCAUCGUCUACCGGCGGCAGCAGAAGAGCCGCUCCGACACGGACAACGACCUGAUUGACCUCCCUCCAUCCCACAAACCUGCCCCUCCACCAAAGAGGAAACAGGACAUGAAAAGCCACCUGACUCCAGAAGACAUCCAGGUUGUUCACUUGGACAACAUGAAACACGAGGAGGAGAUCCAGAAGUUCCCUCUGCAGACUCCCUACUAUGACAUGGCAGCCCCCGAGCCCUCUCCCUACAGUGACAAACUGAGCCCUGCCAACAAGGACUGUGAUGUCCAGUAUGCAGAGCUGGACACGUCGGCUCUGGCCGCGUCACCCAGCCCUCGGAGCUCCAUCCAUGCUGGCGGAGACCUAGUCGAAAUGAGGAUCAAGGUCUUCGUAGACGUAACGAGCGAGAGUGGACAAACUUUGGAAAGUGUCACUCAGAGAUAUCGAAUGCGAGUGAUUACCUGACCCGCUGUUACUCACAUGAAGAUCGAUAUCUGGAGAAGAUCCCUCAUGUCUAUGCCCCCUUGUCAGACCUCCCACAAGAUCUUUAUCCUCACCAUUCCGACAUCUCCUUCUGCUGCCCACCUCCCGGCUCCCGGGCUCCUUACAUC